ACAACCUCUCCUGAAGCUGUGGUCAUCACCUCGGCACAGCCGAAGAGCCCGACGCAGUGUGCUGCAGCCAUCGAGAAAGAAGAAGCUUGUGGGUGUGUGGAGAGGAAAGAAUACGCGCGAGCAGAAAUGUCACUAUGGAGAAGAAAGCAGAAGCCAAUCUCCGUGGUUCCAUGACUACGUGGGCAUCAGGCUGAAGGGCUACGGGCUUGUGGGUAUCCAGAUGGGUUUUACGGAAAGUAAAUUGCAGAGAAACACAUACGUAACGGCUCUUCUAACAAAAAAAAACCAACGAUACACAAGACAUGAAGACUAAUUCUCUCUCCCUCUCCUCCCCAAGCUCUCCCCUCCCUCCGCCAUGGAGUCCCUGCCGACGCCUCCUUGGCCGGAGCCCCGGCCUCCGGCAGUCGCUGUCGCCGCCAUGGACGACCACGCCGGUUCCCGGCCCUAGCGCCGCCGCCCCCCGAGCCCUAGAGCCGCCGCACCCCGAGCCAUAGCGUCGCCGGAUCCGCACGCCCAGAGCCCUGUCGCCGCCCGAUCCGCCGCCCCCGAGCCCUGACGCUGCCGGUACGUCUCUCUCUCUCUCUCUCACACUCUCCCUCGCAGCACUCUUUCCGUCGCCCGUACACCCAGCUCGUCACCUAGUCCAUGGAGGCGGAGGGGAGGAGGCUGCUUGUGCGCGGGGCAGUCGGCCGAGCCAUCGAGAGCGAGCACGGUGCAGGCGGCAGGAGUUUGUGCGGGUAUGCCUGAGAGAAGAGAGAGAGAGAGAACGGAUCGGGAGCGGCGGCCCACCCACCGGGCUUGGAGGAGAAACCCAUCUCGGAGGGAAUAUCCUGAGCCGAGCCUAUCUCGGCUCAAGCCAUUUUCCUUGCCCUUGAUCCAGAAAUUCGGCUCCUUUGCAUGUCACGUGGGCCACGGCCGAUUAACUUGGGCAAACUGGCCGCUGACGGGUUGUUUGUUAUUCAUUAGUAUUCAUGUCGUGGGUAUCAGUUAAAAUCUUUUGGGUUCGUGGUUCUUUGUUACAAGAGCCGCUAGAUAUGUGUCUUUAUGCAAAAAAAAUUUUGAGGAAAAGGAUGGUCUUUUUCGUCGUUCGAUUGGAAGGAGUGAAAUUGUAAAAAAGGGGGGCUCCUAGGAGCCCAAGAAGAGGGGAGGGGAGAAAAUAAAAGAGAGGAAAAAAACCCGAGGGAGGGGAGGCUAACUGUCUCCCGGGUCGAGAGCUUGCCACGGUGCGGCCCUGAACCUCCUCCCAAACUAGUUAAGCCACACCUAAGGCAGUGAGCGCCGUUGAACGGAAAACACGUCUGUUCCGUUCCUUCCAAAUCCCCCACCAAGUGGCGACAAGCCUCCCGCUUAGCGCCUUCUUCUCCUUCUUGGGAAGGCCGUGAAUCAUGGCGUCCCAAUGGUCAUUAAUGUUGUCGGCUGAUGAGGUCGUCGUGAUCGUCUGGGAGCUCCAAGACUGUAUGAGACGCCAAACCUCGGUGGUGAAGCUGCAAUCCUUGCAUAGGUGGAUGAUCGUCUCCCCAUGUAUGUGGCAGAGGCUGCAGAUGGGGUCGUGAGGCCACCCACGGAUGGCCAAGUUGUCCGCCGUGAGGAUCUUGCCGUGUGUGACCGUCCAGGCGAAGAAUUUGCACCGUGGCGUCGUGUCCGCUUUCUAGAUCUUCUGCGACGCGAAUGGUGGGGUGGAACCAUGGAAUUGGAUACGGUAUGCAGAGGCCGCGGAGUAGGAGUCCGAAGGCAUCCAUGUCCAAGAGAUGGAGUCUUGCGCGUCCGAAAGUUGUAUCGUCUGAAGGCACUCCAAAGGCUAACAAAGUCGGCGAGUUGUUGAGUGGUACCGAUGCGUAGAAGAGCACGAACCCAGUUUCUGUUGGCUAGUUCUUUCUGCACCGUUCGAUUUUUCCUCGAGGUGAUGGCGAAGAGGCCAGGCCACCUCAGUUUGAGCGUGGAGCCGUCUGGCAACCAAGCAUCGUGCCAGAAUAAAGCCUUCUCUCCGGCGCCUAGAAGAAUCCGUGUCAAGGCCCGGAAAAGAUCCAUCUCCUCCUGCCCGCAGGGGGAAGGGAGACCCUGCCAAGGCCUGUCGCGGUCAGCCCACGAGAGCCAUGGCCACCGGAGUCGCAAGGCCCGACCGAACCGGACCAAGUCCAGAAUUCCAAGCCCCCCCAAAUGACGUGGGCGGCAAACCGUGGCCCAGUUGACCAGAGGGAGGGAGGAAGGCUCCUGACCCGGCUGACAAGAACGCGUCCAAAUGAAGACCCGAAUAAGUUUGUUGAUCUGUCUCAGGAUGCCUGCCGGGAUUUUGAAGGCGGUGAGAUGGUAAGUGACCAUCGCCGAGAGGAUGGCUCUGGCAAGAACCACCCGGCCCGCCCUGGUAAAAUGCCAGCCCUUCCACCCAGCAAGUCUCACCCCUACCUUGUCGAUCAACGGUUGGAAAGCUGCUCCUUUGAGCCUGGUAGGCAGAGUGGAAGCCCCAGGUACGUGCAAGGGAAAGCACCUCUCUUGGUCGGGAAGGCAGCAAGGGCCGCGGCGGUCUGAGCGUCGUCGCAUCCAAUGGUGAAAAUCUCAGAUUUUCAAGGUUCGUGCGCAUCCCCGAGGCAUCACCAAAGAGGGUGAUCAGCUGGUGGAUUACCCGCAGAUCGGCCUCUAGGGGGCUGGAGAAAAUUUCGGCGGCGGCGGCGUAGAGAGAGACCCGCACCGAAACCCGCGCCGCCUAAAAGGCUUGAGGAUCCCCACUUCGGCAGCCCGGCAAAGGAUGUGGUGGAGGGGGUCUAUCGCCAGGAUGAAGAGCAUUGGCGACAGAGGGUCGCCCUGUCAGAGGCCGCGGGCGUGGGGAAUUUGAGGCCCUGGCACGCCAUUCAGGAGAACCCGGGAGGAGGCGGAGGAGAGAAGCAUCCCGACCCAUUUUCUCCACAUUGGGCCAAAGCCCGGAACCUCCAGUAGCUCCAAGAGGAAAGGCCAUGAAAUCGAGUCGAAAGCCUUAGAAAUGUCAAGCUUCAGGAAGCACGCCGGCUCACUCUUUUACGGAUAUUUAGACUCACACAAGUUGUAGGAUUUGCUCUUCUAGUCACAGCCUUUCAUUUGCUUUAAAAUCAGUGCAUUUUUUUUUUGCAUGAAAGCACAGAAACACUUCUCAUAGAGCUUCUUUUAAGUCUUAUAAAAAUUCUCAAGGAAAACGGGAUAGUGCACGUGUAUGUUGCUGUGCGACUGACAUGUCAAGAUCCAAACUCGAGAGGGGGUAGAUCAUCUCAUACUUGAAGGGGUUUAGAAACUUGGUUCCGCAGGUUGAGUCAUCACCGGUCAUUUCAAAUCUCCUCACAGUUUAUUUGAAGAAUACUAUUUCAUUUUUUUUUUCUUAUGUAAAUUUGAAUGUGCUCUUGCAUUAAGAAGAAUAGAGAGUACAAUCAUCAGAUAAAAAAACGGGUCGUAAAUUUAUUCCUACCUAAUAAAACCCCUAUUCCAUCGUGAAAGAAAAAAAAAUUCCUUACUGAUUCCAUGAUUGUAAGGGCGUGUACAAUGGGGUGACGUCAGCCUUUUCUUAGCGAUGCCACAUAGGAUAAAAUCUGGCGCGGAAGAGAGAGAAAUGAAGAAAAUACACUAGACUUCUCUUAAGAUGAUCUCUUCACAAGAAUUAUAAGGCAAAGAUAUGGCAAAUUUCUCAUUGUGCUAGAUUCCAGAUUUCAUUUAUUAAGUUAAUUUUAUUCAUCUGAGCAUUAAUUCUAAGAUCACUAAGAGAUAACUCAUUGUACAACAUGUUUUGUUGUUUUUUCUAAAUGACGUGAAACACGGUAAGGCAGUCUUAUCCCUAGUUUUGAAAACCGGACCGGUCAUCAAACCGGCGAGGCCUCCGGUUCACCUGUUCACGGGUCUGACCGGUGGUUCGCCGGUUCAACCGGUGGUUCAACCUAUAACAAAGUGGACCUCCGUUAGUAAACACAAGUUGCCGGUGAGCUUUGCUGCCUAGCGAGCAGGUCCGUGCGUCCCUUACCCAACGAUCCUGGGAUCGAUUCCCACCCUCAGCGCUAUUUUUACAAUGUAAAAUACUGAGGCCCAUGACAAACACUGAAGAAGCCCAUCAAAUAAGGCCCGUUCGGCGGUCCAACAGGUCGAACCGACCCGGUUUUCGCCGGUUCACAUGAAAGCCGCUGGCCGACCGGAAAAAAUCCGGUUCACUUCCUUGUCCGGUCCAGUGCGCUUAACAGACCGGCUAGCCCUCCGGUUCCGGUUUUUUCCGGUUCAACCGGUGGUCCGGUCAGGUUUUCAAAACCAGGUCGUAUCAACCAUUGUACAUGCCCUAAUGAUUAAAUCCGGUUCACUUCCUUGUCCGGUCCAGUGCGCUUAACAGACCGGCUAGGCCUCCGGUUCCGGUUUUUUCCGGUUCAACCGGCGGUCCGGUCAGGUUUUCAAAACCAGGUCGUAUCAACCAUUGUACAUGCCCUAAUGAUUAACUUAGCUUUCAUGCCUUCCGUACUCCUCGGACAAUUUGCCACGCAAGUUGACAACCUGCGGGUCAAGUCAAUGAUUGUGUACAUAAUUAGAAUUGAAUGCGACGCGGUUUAACAGACAUAAAAUAGGGUUACUAUAAUUAUUUGUUUGAAGAACACACAAGUAGACAUUGUCCAGGAGAAGAGAUCUCUAGUGAUUAGUCAGGCGUACAGCGAUAGCCAGGUCAACAUACAAGUUUCUCUAGUCACAAGAGUAGAGUGGUCGCCAUCUUCGUAGUCUCGUAGAAAUACGACAUUAGGCUGUCAGGCCAAGGAAAAGUUCCAAUUAGGUGCGGGAGCCAUGCCGCUUAGGCGACUUCCUCUGCUCCUCCUUUUGACUCUACAUGGCCUAAAUCACCUAGCAGUAGCUCCAGCCGUUGACCAGUUCACAUUCGACGGCUUCGCCGGCGCGAACCUCUCGCUCGACGGCACGGCCGCGGUCACCCCAGACGGCCUCCUAAUGCUGACCAACGGCACGACUCUCCUGAAAGGCCACGCCUUCUACCCUUCCCCUCUGCAAUUCCACGGUUCCUUCUCGACGGCCUUCGUGUUCGGCAUCGUCAGCGAGUACGCCGACCUCAGCAGCCCCGGGCUGGCCUUCGUCGUCUCCAAGAGCAACGACUUCUCCAAAGCGCUGCAGAGCCAGUACAUGGGCCUGGCCAACGCGGCCAACAACGGCAACGCCAGCAACCACCUCUUGGCCAUUGAGCUGGACACCAUCGUGAACGCCGAGUUCGGGGACAUGAGCGACAACCACGUCGGGAUCGACGUGGACGGCCUCUCGUCCGUGGCAGCCGAAAACGCCGGGUACUACGAGGACGGCACCGGCGCGUUCAGGAACAUGAGCCUGCUGAGCCGAAAUGCCGCGCAGGUGUGGGUGGACUUCGACGCGCGCGCGUCGCUGGUCAGCGUCACCAUGGCACCCCUGGCCCUGCCCAAGCCCAAGAAGCCUCUGCUCUCCGCCACCGUGAACCUCUCGUCCGUGAUCGGGGACGAAGCCUACGUCGGCUUCUCGUCAUCCACCGGCGUGGUGGCGAGCCGCCACUACGUGCUUGCCUGGAGCUUCAAGAUGGAGGGGCCAGCCCCGGCGCUGAACAUUUCGAAGCUGCCGGCCCUGCCUUUCACGAUCCCCAAGCGGCCGUCGAUGACGCUAAAGAUCCUGUUACCGAUAGCAUCGGCGGCACUGGUGUUAGCAUUGGCCAUCACCAUCCUCGUGAUCGAUCGGCGGCGGCGCAAGUACGCGGAGCUUAAAGAGGACUGGGAGACCGCGUUCGGGCCGCACCGUUUCUCGUACAAGGAUCUGUUCCACGCAACCGAUGGGUUCUCCGACACGCGGCUCCUCGGCGUCGGCGGGUUCGGGAGGGUGUACAAAGGAGUGCUUCCGGCAUCCGGGCUGGAGGUCGCGGUGAAGAAGGUGUCGCAUGAAUCGAGGCAAGGAAUGAAGGAGUUCAUCGCCGAGGUGGUCAGCAUCGGCCAGAUCCGGCACCGGAACCUCGUCCAGUUACUCGGGUACUGCCGCCGGAAGCGUGAGCUCCUGCUAGUCUACGACCACAUGCCAAACGGCAGUCUCGACAAGUUCCUCUACGACCCCAACAUGCCGGUCCUGAGCUGGAGCCGAAGGAUGGGGAUCAUCAAAGACGUCGCCUCCAGCAUACUCUACCUCCACGAAGAGUGGGAGCAGGUGGUUCUGCACCGGGACAUCAAGGCCAGCAACGUGCUUCUGGACGCCGGGAUGAAGGCACGGCUAGGCGAUUUCGGCCUCGCGAGGCUGUACGAUCACGGCACCGACCCACACACGACGCGUGUGGUGGGCACCAUGGGGUACCUGGCCCCGGAGCUCGGGCACACAGGCAAGGCGUCCAAGGCAUCCGACGUCUUCGCCUUCGGCGUCUUCAUGCUGGAGGUCGCGUGCGGGCGGCGGCCCAUCGCCCAGGACGCGCACGGGGAGCACAUCUUGCUGGCGGACCGGGUGCUCGAGCACUGGCGCGACGGGUCGAUCACGGACGCCGUGGACCCGCGGCUCCGGGGCGAUUUCGUUGUGGAAGAGGCGAGCUUCGUGCUGAAACUGUGCUUGCUGUGCUCGCACCCUCUGCCCGACGCACGGCCGGGUGUUAGACGGAUCAUGCAGUUCCUGGAAGGCAACACGCCGCUCCCGGAGCUAUCGGAGGCGCAGCUCAGUGUCGGCGUGCUGGCUCUCAUGCAAAACCAGGUGGCCUGCUCACAUUCUUUGCCGUCCACGAUAGCUGAGCGGGAAGAUACUUAGAAAAGGCGAGGAAAACACUGACUCUGUACUCUGAAAAACCGGCGAGAGACAGCAAGUGAUAUUGACGCAUGUAUGGAGUCAUGGUCUCAUGGAUUUGGCGACUGCUCCUUUGGAAUUUAGUACGUACUUGAUUGGGAAAUGCGAUGGAAUUUAGCACUUGAUUGGAAAAUGCGAUAAACAGAAUAGAAUGUUUGUUGCCUCAGCCAAAUGCGAUAUUAGAGUCAAGUUUCAUCAAUUAUUGCCUAGGAUUCAUACAGAAUGUGAAGAGUAGAACGCGACCGCCGUGUACUAUUGAAGUUAUUUGGUCAAGCAAGCGAACGUCAUUGUCUCUUCGCUACAUCACAUAGAAGAUGCACGCAGUAUAGAGUUACUUUACAGAAAACAUCAUGAGAUUUGCUUAGUACACCUCUCAUCAUAUGUGAACAUUUAAUAUACCCCGUGGUCUGCUUCUUCAUCGCUUCCGAACUUUACAUGAGAUUCUUCAGGAUUCAGGUUUGAAUCUUCGCAUAGAGUGGAAGUAUAUUGU